AGAUUGAGGUAUGCUAGAUUUCUCACACCCAGACAAAGCAGUGCCCUCCAGGCUGGCCUCUGGAAAGGGGUCACUCUGGUAUCAGGUACCUCACUGGGUUGGUGCAAAAAUCAGGGGAGUGAGGCACAUUGUGUUGUGUCAUUACAGAGGCCACAACUGGUGACUGGGUCCCAGUUUCUGGCCUUCCUGGAGCAACACUGUCCAGUCACUGUGGAGACUUUCUACCCUACGCUCUGGUGUUUUAAGGGACGGCUACAAACCAUCUUCAGAGUCUUACUGCAGUCUCUGCCUGUAGUCCUUACUCAAGUUCUCGAAACCCCGGAUAGAGGACAGCUCCUCCUAGACUGGGCCAGCCAGCCUAACAGCAGUCAAUAUCCUGACCCUACCACCCAGCCCAUUGUUUUACUGCUUCCUGGUAUCACAGGCAGUAGUCAGGAGACAUGUAUCUUGCACCUAGUUGACCAAGCUUUGAAGGAUGGCUAUAGGACUAUCGUAUUUAAUAACCGGGGCUGCCGUGGGGAAGAACUGCUGACCUACAGGGCCCUCUGUGCCAGCAACACUGAAGAUCUGGAGACAGUCGUGAACCACAUGAAGAGCCGCUACACCCAAGCUCCGCUGCUGGCUGUGGGCACCUCUCCCGGAGGGAUAUUAGUGCUGAACCACCUGGCUCUAAUGGGACGGGCUGCGGGGUUGGUGGCAGCACUGACUCUACCUGCAUGCUGGGAUUCCUCUGAGACCACCUGCUCCCUGGAGACCCCACUGAACUCACUGCUCUUCAAUCAGCACCUCACUGCUGGGCUCUGCCGAGCUGCGAACCGAAACAGACAGGUGAUGGAAAAGGUGGUGAAUGUAGACUUUGUGCUACCGGCCCACACAAUCCACCACCUUGAUGAGCUCUACACAACUGUGGUCUUUGGAUAUCAAGACUGUGCUGCCUAUUACCGAGCAGCAGGCCCAAGAACCAAGGCAGAUGCCAUCCAGAUCCCUGUGCUCUGCCUCAAUGCAGCCGAUGACCCCUUCUCCCCAGUCCAUGCCCUUCCCCUACAGGCUGCCCAACAUUCUCCCCACGCUGCACUGCUCAUCACAGCUCGGGGUGGCCACGUUGGCUUCCUGGAAGGACUGCUUCCCUGGCAGCACUGCUACGUGAGCCGCCUCCUGCAUCAGUAUGCCAAAGCCAUCUUCCAGCACCCAGCAGAGCUGCUCAGCCUCAGGGCACCCGCUCCUUCUGUGGGAGGCAAAAGCUGACAAGAGUACCAUCUGGAACCU